UAAGAAAGUCAAACCUACUCGCAUUUGAGUUUUGAAGUUGAUUGAAUGACCUAUACUUUUUCAAUGUUAUCUUCGUUCAGGAACUUCAAAUUCAGUUGUUUUGUUGGUUGUAGCUAAUGACUAAUGACUAGAUAAUUGUUAACAACAACACUGAGCAGAUAACAUAACAUAACCUAAAAAAGGACCAAAUAAUAUAUACUGUUCACAAUGUUUUGGUUUCAUAAAAACAUAGGCAUAUUACUUGUUGCAGGCAAAGCUAAAAGAUUGUUGUCAAAAAAUAAAAACAUACAAAUUUCGCCUUUGAACACAGCAUAUCCAACCAUUUGUAAACAAGUUGCAAGGACUUUAUCCAGUGUAAAAACGCCCGAGAAGUGUACUGAGGUGGAAAUGCAAAGUGUAUCUUAUGAAGAAUUCAUCGAUAAUAACAAAAACAACAAACCUGUUAUAAUUCUGCAUGGUUUGUUAGGUUCCAAAGAAAAUUGGAACUCAUUGGCUAAACAACUAAACCGAAGAAUUGGUCGGAAGGUGAUUGCGGUUGAUCUGCGUAACCAUGGUUCUAGUCCCCACACCAGUUCAUUCAGUUAUGAUUUGAUGGUUGCUGAUCUGAAAUACUUCAUGGAUCUAAACCGUUUUCAAAAAGCCACCAUUGUUGGACACAGUAUGGGAGGAAGGACGGCGAUGAUGAUGGCUAUAAAAUUUCCAGAACUAGUGCAAAGUCUGGUUGUGGUGGAUAUUUCACCGAAAACCAGCUCCAAUAUGAUGAGAAAUAAGCAACUGCUGACAGACAUUGGGAAUCUUAGUUUAGACCGACAACUUUCCUUCAGAGAAGCACGAAAGGAAGCUGCUGCACAACUUAGGCAGUUGAAAUAUACAGAUGGUGUAAUCAACUUCAUUCUGCUAAACUUGGUCGAGCAUGCAGGGGACUCUAAAUGGCGUUGGAGGUUUAAUCUAAAGUCAAUCCUGGAGAACUACUUGAAUAUACAACACUUUCAAGCUGCCAACACUUCUUGUUCAACUCGCACAAUCUUCUUAGGUGGCACCAACUCCGACUACCUAACACCAGACCACGAACCUGUUAUCAGAGAAAUUUUCUCAAAUGUUGAGUUCAAAUACAUUCAGGGAGCUGGACAUUGGAUCCAUGCAGACAAGCCUUUGGAGUUCCUAGAUAUUGUAGUGGAUUUUAUCAACAAGGAUUCUACAAAAUACCAAAAAUGUGCAGAAUCCAUCCCAGACCAUGUGGAUUUGGCUUUUCAAAAAUAUGAAGAUAAAAUUGACAACAGUAAAAGCAGUGUGCCUAUAGUCAUUUUACAUGGUCUGCUUGGCUCAAAACAAAAUUGGAACUCAAUGGCAAGACAAAUAAACGUGAAUGUCGGUCGACAGGUGUACUCAUUGGAUGCACGGAAUCAUGGAGACAGUCCACAAUCGGAGGUGUUUUCUUACGACAGCAUGGUGAAUGAUGUGGUAGAGUUUCUACAGAAACACAAGAUAACCAAGGUCUCUCUCAUUGGCCACAGUAUGGGAGGAAGGACAUCCAUUAAAUUGGCAAUGAAGUAUCCGGAGCUCGUGCACAGCUUGGUUGUAGUGGAUAUCUCACCUGGAGGACCUAGUGCUAACUUGUUGGGCAUCAGACAACUGUUGCAUGACCUCCACAAUCUCAACGUUGACCCACAACUCCCUGUGAGAGAAGCUCGGGCGCAGGCUGCCGCUCAACUCAGGGAUAGUGUCAAGGAUGAAAAACUUAUUGCUUUCUUGCUAACCAACCUAGUUGAAAAUGAUGGAAAUGCACAGAAGUGGCAGUGGAAAUUCAACCUAGACGUCAUUGUUAGACAUUUCGAUAGUGACAUAGCUAACUUCCCUGUCAACAAAAUGGACUUGAACACUCGCACACUCUUCAUUGGAGGAGGGGAGUCUGACUACAUCAAGCCCACAGAUGAGAUAAAUAUAAAGAAAAUAUUCCCUUUGGCUGAAUUUGUAUACAUCCAAGGAGCAGGCCACUGGGUUCACGCUGAGAAGCCUCAAGAGUUCCUCAAAACAGUGUCUGACUUUCUCAACAAGGACCUAAGAUAGUUAUUUUACCAUUAAUAUUUUGUUUCACAUUCACUUCUAAGUACACACCAUAAAUAAAGAUUCCAUAUCAAUUGCCCGGGAUAUAAAAACCAACUUCAAACAUAGUUAAGGUUACAUUUAAAAUAAAUAUAAUUGUGUUUUAACCUAAAUUGAUGGUAUUUUUUACUUCCAAAGACUAUAGGAUGUUAGCUAAGACUUGU